CUAGUGUACUGAGUACAACAACAAACCCUGCUCUUCUUUCCUGAUCACAGGGUUUCCGUUUCCGCACAGAGAAAAGCGUUUCUGAUUUUGUCAGCGACUUUCACCUCUGUCCUUUUUCUUUCCUUUUCACGCCAAACUGAAACUCAUGACAUUCAGUUUGAGAGAAAGAAAGUGAGCAGUGAUUUGAGCGAGUAUGAGCGACACUGGUGUCGAAACUGGUUCGAUACCGGAAGAAAACUCAGGCCAAAUGUUGGAGCUGGACGAGGACGAAGACUUGGAAGUUUUCAGUAAGGAUGCAACCUUUACAGAUGGAAGCUCCUUCAGUGUCUCUAUGCAGACGUCCCCUGGAUCUAUGGUCAAUCAGUACAGAUUUGAGGACGAUGAAGCGGUACCUGGCACUAAGGACAUAUUCAUCACAGUUGACAAUCCUGAGAGUCAUGUGACAGCCAUUGAGACAUUUAUUACAUACAGGGUUUUGACCAAGACGACACGUAGUGAGUUUGACUCAAGCGAGUAUGAAGUCCGCAGGCGCUACCAGGACUUCUUUUGGUUAAAAAGCAAACUGGAGGAGGCUCAUCCAACUCUUAUUGUCCAUCCCCUACCAGAAAAAUUUGUUAUGAAGGGGAUGGUGGAAAGGUUCACUAAUGACUUCAUUGAGACCCGGAAAAAAGCAUUACACCGGUUUCUCAACAGAAUAGCUGACCAUCCCAUUCUCUCCAGCAGUGAGGAUUUUAAGAUCUUCAUUACAGCACCAGCCUGGGAGCUAGCGUCUCAUAAGAAGCAAGGUCCAGGAUUCUUAAGCAGGAUGGGUGAGACGGUGCGAGCCGUGGCUGCUACGGUCCGUAGGGUCAAAAAUCGGCCAGAGGAGUUCAGUGCCAUUCAGGACUAUGUGGACAACUUCAGUCUGAAGCUGACCUCGCUGGACAAAGUCACCCAGCGGAUCAUCAAAGAAAAACAAGAGUACCUGGAUGACGUAAAGGAGUAUGGCCCAGCUUACACCCUGUGGUCUGGCUCAGAAGAGGAACUGGUGGAGCCUUUGAAGCUCAUGGCGAGCUGCUUGGACAGGUGCUCCAAGGAGACCGAGGAGCAGCUUGAGCACCUCAAUAACAGCCUCCUCCCAACACUGCACGAGUAUGUGCUCUGUGCAGACAACCUCAAGGCAGUACUGCGGAGGCGAGACAACAUCCAAGCAGAGUUUGAGGCUAAGAAUGAAGCUCUUGCCGCUAAGAGGACGGAAAGGGAAACAGACUCUAAGGUGCUGAGUUUAGCAUGGGACAGCCUGGUGGGCAAAGACCCAGAGGAGGUCAAACAGCAGAAACAGCAGAAGCUUAAAGGCGAGAUUAAAGAGAUAAAAGAGGACAUCGAUAAGCUAGAAGACAAACUGGAAUAUGCCAAUAACGCGCUGAAAGGAGACUGGAGCCGCUGGCAGAAGAGCAUGAGGUCUGACCUGAGAGCCGUCUUUACACAAACAGCAGAGAAGAAUGUGGAAUACUAUGAAAAGUGUCUGGCAGUGUGGGAGACAUUCCUGCUGUCUCAGAGACCUGAGGCCAAGGAAGUGGGCAGAGAUGACUCCUAAUCCCCGGAAGCUUUUAUCUAAACAGUGAAGACCAAAGACAAGUUUUUUACCUUACAAUCCUAGUGCUUGAAUUGUACAGCAAAAUACCAUUGCUGCAGAUGUCUCACUAUAAACAUAACCGUGCCUUAUACCAGCCAAGCCAAGGACAGGGGGAUCUGAAGUGCACUCAUUAUUUCCUUCAAGAGAUGACAAGGCUGUCUCAAAGAUGUGUGUAGGAUAGGACAAAUACUUUCACCAUUUUUGCCAACAGUCUUGUGAAAAAAGAAAGAGAUAAUAAAGGAAUUUAAUUAAAUUCAGUAGCAAUGGUUUAUGGCUUUAUUAUAUUUGGAUGCCAUUAGUCACUGAAUUUAGUUCUGUAAUUAUUUGGUACAUUUGCCUUUAUCCAAAUCAUUGUGUAGGCAUCUUUGAAAGAAGCCAUCUUUAAUCACCUGCUCACAACCAAUGAGAAAUUCAAUUGUUUAGCCCUAAACAAGCUUUUCUGGCAUAACCUUGCACCAUGGAUUUUUUUUUUUUAAAUGAUUUUAAUACUUUUUCAUCUUUCAUUUUUAUUAUGUUUACAACACACUAAUUUUUGUUUUUUUGCAACUGUGGAACCAUCUGAAGUUCUUUUAUAUACAUGAAAAUGUGUAAAUAAUUUCUAAGCAAUUUCUUUAUACUAUGCAUCAGUUAUCAAGUGCACAUAUUUGCAUAUUGUGUAAAUUGUGACAUAAGGCAUGUCUGAUUUUAGGUCCAUGGUGAUAAACUGUAAUGGAAGAAAAUCAUUUAUUGCGGCUAAAUACGGCCUGUUGUUUUCUUUGUCAUCUGAUUUUUUUGUUGUUGGUUUUUAUCUACUUCUGAAUGAACAGACCUUCAGUGCUCUGUGAUCCUAAAGUAGGUUAAUCGCUUGGUCUAAUCACAUAUUAAACAUAUAACUUCUCUCUUCAAAUAA